UAAAACUUCGUGACUGAUCUAAUCUUAUUUUAUUGGAUUAUCAUCCCUUUCGUGCUCGUCUCGACAAAGACGCGAGAGCCGUCGCCAUGGAGACCAACCGUAGAGAAAUAGCGACACUUGUCAACGCAAACUGUCACAAGGGAUGAGUUUUGUUUUUUUUUUUGUUUUUUUUUUUUUUUUUUUAAUCCUGCUAGCAUUAAAUUAGCACCGUCAACUCGUUUUUUUAGUCAAAAGGCUCGCAUGACUACGCCGCUCUGUGGCGUCCAGUGCACUUUUCAAACAUCAUCAAGACCACGAAAACGUGCUCAAACUUUUCCUUCGACCGGCGUCAAUGUCCAACUUGUGUUGGCACCGAACUCAAACAGUUUUGUGAUGACCCCGCUAGCGACGUUAUUUGACAGAAGGCACCAGGGAGGGAUAUCACCAGGGACACAUCGCCAUGGCAACGGGUCUGUGGAGGCAAGUGGAAGAACAACCAGUCAUGACACUGAGCCUGUUUGAGUGCCUCAAGUUGGUGGGCCUUCAGCGUCUUCACGAGCGCUUCACCUCCAUGGGGAUCCACCACGCGGCCUGUCUCGUAGCCCUCACUUUGGAGGACCUCCCCCUCUUGGAGGUCCACACGGCUGAGGACAAAAGCCGCCUCUUCGAGCUGGUCCACCUGAUCAGAACGCUGGAGCGGGAGGGGCUGAGACUUGGAGAAGUGGCCGACGACCAGGAAACGUCCCGCAAGCGUCCCGCGCAGCACGGCAACCACAGGAAGCUAGCGAGAAGCGCUAAGCCAGACAUUAGUAAACGCUUGUCCAUGUACAAUACGUACUCCACGGCGCCAGCCCAGAGGAAUGUCGCGCCCCAACACCACCAACUUCAGCACCCGAGACCCGACGCCGCGGCCAAGCGUUGCACAAUUAAAGCGACUCAUCCGAUGCCCGUUUACGAAGCCAAGAGAAAACCAGGGUACAACUAUGGACUUCCUCUCCAGCCCGUUUCUGCAAAAAAGCAAUCCCGCGGAGCGAGGAUCAUCGUUUGCGUGCGGAAACGACCUCUGACGCACGCCGAGAGGAGGAAGGGCGAGGCGGAUGUUGUGAUAACGCCCAGCGCCGAGUGCGUGAUUGUGGAAGAAGGCAAAGAAGCGGUGGAUCUCACCCGGUACAUUCUACAGCACCCUUUCUAUUUUGACCAAGUUUUUGGAGAGUAUGAUUCCAAUGAGGAAAUCUAUAAGAAAACAGCCUAUCCUCUGGUGCAGCACAUGCUCAACGGCGGGAAGGCCACUUGCUUUGCAUUUGGCCAGACGGGCGCGGGCAAGACUCACACCAUGAUGGGCUCCACUCCAGGGGAAGUGGGUUUGUACGUGCUGGCAGUCCAGGACAUCUUUGCCCACCUGUCGGGAACGGACAGCCCACUGCUGGUGUAUGUCAGCUUCUGCGAGAUCUAUUGUCGCCAGCUCUAUGACCUGCUCAACAACAGAAAAAGAUUGUUUGUGAGGGAGGACGGUCACAGCGUGGUGCACAUUGCAGGACUUUGUGAUGUCAGAGUGGACUCUGUUAACUCACUGCUGAAGGUGAUUUCGCAUGGUUUAGCGGCACGCACAAAGAGGGUGAGCGGCAUCAAUCCACUUUCGUCUCGGUCCCACGCCUUGCUUCAAAUUCAGCUCAGGUCUCCCAUCCAGCAGAUCGUUGGCAGAAUGUGGUUCAUCGACUUGGCAGGAAGCGAGCGGGCGUCGGAUACCACAGCGACAGACUGGCAGACUCGUAUGGAGGGAGCUGAGAUCAACCAGAGUCUGCUGGCUCUUAAAGAAUGUAUCCGCUCCCUCGAUCAAGAGCAGCGGCACACGCCCUUCAGACAAAGCAAACUAACUCAGGUUUUGAAAGAUUCAUUCAUUGGGAACUCCAUGACUUGCAUGAUUGCCAACAUUUCACCCACUCAUGUCGCCACAGAGCACACACUCAACACGCUGCGAUAUGCUGACCGUGUGAAAGAGUUGAGGGCUCGCAGCGGAGGACAAGAAUGCAAAAGCGCAUCUUCCAGAUGCACCAGCGUUGGAAGGAAUCUCUCAAAGAAGCCAAAGAUGACGAUACCCAACGCGGCUUUUGCCGCCGUUUCUCCCACCCCCAGGAAAUCCGCAGGGAGCGUCGUUGACUGUUCGACAUCCAAGAGCAGCAGAUACGGGGAGAAAAGACCUGUGAGAGGGAUCGAAGAAGCGGGGAACUCCUUGGUGAAGGGCGAUGGAAGGUAUGGUUGCAACAAAGAAAAUUGGAGCACCAACACAUCGGGAAAGGAAGGAUUAAGUGAGAGGAGCCAAAAUGACAGCGUGCGGGAGUCAACGGUAACAGAUGGAGAAGAUACCCUAACAGCGGACGAGGAGUUGCAGCAGCACCUUCGACACUAUCACCGGCAGCUGCAAAUGUUCGUGCCGUUCUCCGUCUCGCCGCCUCGCUCUGAUCGGCGAUCAGUCCGCUCCUCCACAUCGUCCGCCGGACAUCUUGCGUUUUCUGAACGUCACAGUUCGACGGACGCUGUGACCGAGUACAACAGCAGAGUCAGAAGUAGUAAUUUGUUGGGAGAAGAGGAGCAGCAAAAGGUAGAGAUGAGAUCGCCGACUAAUCUGGAACAGGCCGACGUCGCAGUGGAUGUAGCUGCCUUGCCCUUCAACUCCAAAGAGAAUGGAGAGGAUUCACUGGAAAUGGACCCGUCCCUUGACGGACUGUGGACAGACUGUUUAACGUCCGUCCACAAAACCGCCUGCCCUGUCUCUCCUGUUGAACAGCAGCAUCAGGAACGCCGGUCCUUCGUGUCUGCCUGUGAACGUAGGACUGUAGUCCAAACCCCUCAGGAAACGAAAAAGCUACCUCGAAAGCUACCAAAUACUCACAUGCACAAACAUCUGGAGGUACACAAAUAUCCGGAGGAUAAAACCAAAAUGUCUCAGGAUAAUAACUCAAGCGUCUCUCGACUUGAGGGCACCGCAGUUUUACUGGUUCAAGGAGAUCAGACCAAUAAUCAUCUCUGUCCACUUGGAAGGGAAAAAGAGCCACUCUCACAUGCAAAGAAUAAAGACAGAGAAGUCAACCUUCGAUCUUCCAGUUCUGACGUUAAACUCGCAAGAAAGUACACAAAGGAGGUCAUACAUGCAAACGAUGAGGAACAAGAAUCCUGCACCACAGAAGACUUUCAGUCUCCCACUUCUCACAGAAAAUGGACCAAUAAGAGCACAAAGGAGCCAGUCACACUUCCAAAGAAUAAAGACAGAGAAUUUUACCUGCGGUCUCCCAACUCUGACACUAAAUUGACAAAUGAGUACAUGUUAAAAGAGGAUCACACAGACGCAACGGAUGAGGAUGCAGAUUUCUGCCUCCAAAAAGACUUGCCGUCUCCCACUUCUGAUGGCAAACUUGCCAAAAGGUACACAAAGCAGUGUCUCACACAAGCAAAAAAUAUAGAUGAUGACAUUCACCAGAGGUCUCCUACUUCUACCACCAAAUUGACAAGUAAGUGCAUGUGGGGCCAACUCACAAAUAAAAAGAAUGAUGAGGUCCGCCUCCCAGUUGACAUCCAGUCUCCCAAUACUGACGUGAAACCGAACAAUAAGUAUACAAUGAACGAGCAUCUCACACGUGCAAAGAAUAAAGACCGAGAAUUUCGCUCUCUGUCUCCCACUUCUGACGUCAAAUUGCCCAAACAAUAUAUCAUAAAGGAGAUUCUCACACAUGCGACGGAUGAGGACACAGACCUCUGCCUACCAAAGGACAUCUGGUCUCCCGCUUCUGAUGCCACGCAGCUGACACAAGAAACUUCGAGCGCGCCAAAGAAAAGCAUCUCGCCCUCUUUGACCAAGAGUGAAACCGCUGCACCAAAUGUCCUCUGCAAAUAUCUUCAACUCCAAAUGGAUGGGCCUGCAGAGCUGCACUGGAAAGAAAGACCCGGCAAUCCAGAGUUUUCCUUAACAAUGGAUCAUGCCAAGUGGCGUGUCAUCCAGGCCCACUGGGAGAAACUGAGGAAGAUGGAGCCCCUAUUUCAUGAAGAGCAAAGGCUUCUAUGCAAGCAACCUUACAUGGCAUUUGUAGACUAUGUGGACAAGCUGGAGGAGAUUCUGGAUCGCAACGCCCAGUGUCUGCGCAGCAUGAGAACCAAGCUGCGUUUGUACCGUAUGACCAGCUCCUUUUCUGAGCCCGAGUACAAACAAGGGGAACACAGCAUUCAGCCAGUGGCAUGAAUAAAGCGUAGGUCACAUAGGAAUAAAAAACAUCUCUAAGGUGUUUAUAUUGCUUGUAAGAUGGAAAAUUUCUUCCACAAUUUUGUUUGAAGGUUAGAAUUUAAUGUCUUAUUUAUUUGAUUUUGUGGCUCGUUUUCAUUGACAUAA